AUGUAUAAUAUUUAUUUGUUACUUUUAAUUCUUGUUGGAUUUGUUUAUUUACCAACUAUCAAUGGAGCAUUCGUCCAUGAUACUGUGAUCAGUCCAUGCUCUCCAUAUCACACCUUCUUGCAACCAGUUGAUCACUUUGAAGAUGAAAAGGAAUACGUCAAUCACUACUUCUACCAAAGAUUCUGCUUGAACAACAAGUUCGUUACUCCUGGUCAUACUCCUCAAACCAUCUUCUUGAUACUUGGAGGAGAGAAUCCAUUGGACCCUGAUCUGGUCAAUCAUCUUCCAUUUAUCGAUGUGGCUAAUGAGACUCAGGCAAUGGUAGUUGCACUGGAGAUUAGAUAUUAUGGUGAGAGUCUUCCAAUGCCAAACUUGACAACUCAUCACCUUAGGUUCCUAACAACUGAACAAAUUUUGGAGGAUAUUGCCAAUUUCCAGAUUGGAUUAUCAAACUAUCUUGGACUUGCUAAUUCCAAAUGGAUAGUAAUGGGAUGUUCAUAUGGAGGUACUUUGGCAACUUGGUAUAAGAUGAAGUAUCCUAAUUUGGCUACUGCUGUUGUGGCUUCAUCUGCACCUUUGAAGGCUGUAACAAAGUUUGACUCUUAUGAUAGAAAGAUACGUGAGAACUUGGGUCCUGAAUGCUCAGCAUCCCUAAAGAGACUAUUCGAUCACAUCGAGCAUGAGAUAAUGACCAACAAGAACACAUCACUCAAAUCAUUGUUCAAGUGUAAUCAAGAAAUGGAUGAUAGAAUGUUCCUAUACAUGAUCUCGGAGACCCUAAGCUACGCCGUUCAAUACAACUCCAAACAAAGGGCAAUCAGCAACCUCUGUCCCAAGUUAGAGCACGAUCCAGAACUAGAAAUAAUCGAUCUUCUUUCAAUCUACGUUGGAUUCGUCAAUGAUCUAUUCACGAAUCAACAUAUGGAAUGCGAGGACUAUAAUAUUUAUAAUUAUGCAGGUGCCGGACCAGACGUAUCUGGAGCAAGACAGUGGACAUGGCAAAUGUGUAGUGAAUAUGGAUGGUUCUUUGUAGGCUCAGACAGUAAUACAACACUCAAAUCCUCAUUGAUCAAUGUUACAUGGUGGGAAGAAGAGGUCUGUCGUAUCUUAUUCGGCAAGCCAAUGAGUCCAUUCGUCGACAGGAUCAAUACAAGAUACAGUAUUGACAAUAUCAAACAAAUGUCCAAUAUACUAUUCACACAUGGUGACUUUGAUCCAUGGAUGAACCUAUCAGUAACUGAUCAAUGUCAACUUCCAUCAUCAAACAUAUUGAUAAUUCCAGGUGAAUCUCAUUGUGCCAAUUGGUUCUCAGAGACAGCUCGUGACUCUGUAGAGUUGAAGAACUCUAGGAAACAGUUGGGCUCAUUCAUUAAGCAGUAUGUCCAGACUACUUGUAAUAAUGAGUUUUGUCGUAGAGAUGGUGGAGUAUGUCUUCCAGAGAAGUAUAAUGAUACAAUGUUCUUGACAGAAUGUAUCUCGGCAAACAUAACAUGUAAGGAUGGUAUACGAACUGCUAUACCAAUUGAUGAAGUCCUCACUUCAAUCACUGGAGCGCAUAAUGAGCUUCCAGUUGAUGGUGCACCACCUGGUGUCCCUGGGUCUGUCUUCAUCCAUCAUCAAAGGCGAUCCAAAGGAGUCGACCCUGGAUCCAGACCAUUUAUCGGCCACAUCAAUCAAUCAGACUGCUCAAGAACAAGUCCAUGGACCAUCAGUACACUAAGCAUCAUCAUUCCAUCGGUCAUCCUACUCGUCCAACUUUUG